AUGUCUUUCCAUAUACCCAUCAAGAGUGAUACCAUGGGGAAAGGAAGCGAUAAUGUAAUCAAAAAGGAAAGAAGUGAAAAUGAAAAUCUUAUCGAAAGCGAUGAGGAAGUUACGCGAAUGGAUGGGGAACUUAAUCAAGAUCAAAGAAAUGUGUUUGAUAGCUUGAAUCCUUCUACUUUGACUACAACAAAAGAUUCUUCUUUUGAUAGCUUUUCGGCAGCAUCAUUACAAUCUUCUUCUUCCGGUACACACAGUAAUGAACAAAAUUUAUCAGCUUCGACCGAUGUACCUCCAACAGCUCCAGUAACAUUUUCACUUCCUCCAAAAAGUGCGUCAUCAUCAUCAUCACAAAAACCGCUUUUAUCUUCAGCCUCUGGUCCGAUUCGAAAAAGACAAUUCGACUUGGAAUCAAUCGAAUCCAUUCAUCUUUCGCCCGCUUCAAUCGCAGCAUCUUCAAAGAUUUCAUGUUUAGAAUGCAGAGCUAGUAAAACUAAAUGUUCAGGUGGGGACAUAUGUGAAAGGUGCAAGAGGUUGAACAGGGAAUGUGUUUAUAAAGAACACAGAAGAGGAAGAUUUUCCGAUAGCAAACGAGUUCAACAUCUUGAACGGGUUGUUGAAUCACUUUUAGGACAAAUAAGGAGCUUACAAACACAAACUUCCAGAGAGGGUCAAUCAAGCAGAUCUUCAGUAGCAUCAACAUCUAAAGGAUUUCAAUCAAGCAAAUCAGAUGGGAACUCGCCUUCAUCCGUUGCUACCGCACCUCCUUUACCUGACCAGCAAAAUGAUCUAUGGAAAAUCCUCGAUUCACGUUCCAACUCGCCUUUACUGGAUGCACAACAAACAAGUUUUGAAAGAUUGUUGUCUUAUCCACUUCGAUUCUUAGCACAUUUCGGUAAAGAUGUUGGAUUGAAUGAAGGGGAUAAUGGUAAUAAUCAACAUGCAAUCUCACAUGCAGAUUAUCAAGAUACCCUUUUGAAUGCGCAAAUUGGAGAUUAUACCCCAACGAUUACACCGAGCAUGAGUUUGGCUGCCGCAUCAGGGAGGAAUUCAGAGAUGAUUGACCAGACUUCUUUCUUACAAGGACUUAGAAGUGUCAAAUUGGACAGAUUCGACCCAAUCGACAUGGGUAUCAUCUCUCAGCCAAAAGCGGAACAGCUAUUUCGAUUAUAUUUCGAUCUGUUGGAAUCAAGUGUGGCAAUGUUUGAUUCACAGUUACACACUUUUGAAUUCGUUCGAACAACAUCUUCAUUCUUGCUUACGACAAUGUGUUUUCUUGCCUCGAUGUUUGAUAUGGAAAGCAGUACUUUGUCAAAAAGGUUAGAAGGACACAUUUACAAAUCCAUUUUACCCGCAAUUCUCACUCAAGACUAUCGAUCAGUUGAAAUCGUUCAAGCAUUUGUACUUUUAGCAAAUUAUCAUCCACAAAUUACAAAACUUUCACAAGAUCGUUCUUGGUUAUUCAUCGGAUAUGCUUCUAGAAUCGGAUGGGAACUGGGUAUGAAUACUUCAAUGCAAGAUGCACUUUCACGAUUUCCCAACGAUCGGGAAUUGGUUAGAAGGGUGAGAAAUCGUGAAAGAACAUGGUUAAACGUUUGGAUUGCAGAAAUGGCUUUAUGCGAAUUGAUGGGAAUGGCGCCUAUGAUGAGAUUCGAUCCAAUUGUGAUUUCUUCAAGUUCAUGGCAUUUACAUCCUGAAUCUUUAGCUGCAGAUCAUGCAAUCGUCGCUUUGGUUCAACUACGUCUAAUAUUAGCCAGACAAGCGGAAAUGUUUGAACGUUUCAUUCUUUCUAAUCAAACGCAAAAUGAUCCAAACGGAUUGGUCGAAAUGAUGAAAGCGACUUACAAACAAUCGAUUGAACAAUUAGAUGCAUGGUCAAACGCAUGGUCACAGGAUCCUUAUGCAGCCAGUAUUUCUUCUCAACAUCCAAGGUUUCGCAGGGCAAGAAUAUUUUACUGGUAUGCAAGAGCAAUGUCUGCUUCCAGAGCAUUACGAUUCACAGUCGAUACACAAAAUUCAUUUUCAUUGGAUCUUUAUUUGGAUAUUUUUAACUCCUGCACUGCAUUUUUAUAUCAAUUCUUGCAUUCCCAAAAUGCAAUCGCUUUUCGAUAUUCCAACAAUUGUUCAGUCGUUUUACCGACCUACUGUUCCAGUGUUUGUUUAAGUCUGGUAGGGAUCAUCAGUAAUUCUUCCAUUGACCCUUCAAGAUUAAGUAUGGACGUUCCAACAGCAUUUGAUUUGAUCACAAAAAUUUCAGAAGCUCUCAACCGAGCUGCUACCAUCACGCCACAUAGACAAGGAGCAGCAAGUAAUUAUGGACCUUUCUUGCAAGCUGUUCUGCAAAAGGCAAAAGAAAAGUAUAAUGUCGGAAAAGGAAAACAGUCCAAGCGUAGCUUGUUAUCAGCACAACAACAAAGUGGGCCAUCUCAAGAAAGAAAGUCAAAAGAGAUAAAAGCUGCAAGCCCAAAUAUGCAAAUUUCAGAUGAGCGUUUGAAGUCCUUUCCUUUGCCUAAUUCCUCGAUAGUACAAUCAUCACCGAGCCUUCCAGUUCAACAAGGUUUUGGUAACCAAUACAGCAUGCCUGCGAAUAUGAAUGCACCAACAGUCGAUCAAUUUCAAACAGGAUCGUUCGGAAUGGGAGCUCAACAUCCAAAUGCGACAAGUGGCAUGUUUGGUGAACCAACGGCAUCAACCGCUCAGACGCAUCCUAUGUAUUGGCAAGGUACAUUCCCUAGCCAAGGUGGAACCGUACAAGGAAUGCAAGCACAAAUGAAUCUCAACCAUGCCUCUGGACCACAACAACCAGCUGGAGGAGGCGGUAGUGAGCGUAGUGAUAUGGUGUACUCGAACGAUAUAGAAGGUACACAGUUGUACAAUCUCAUUUUUGGACAAAGCAAUUAUUAUACUUCACAACAACAACAGCAGCAGCAGCAGCAGCAGCAGCAGCAACAACAACAACAACAUCAACAGCAGUAA